GAGAAAAAGAUAAAAAUGGCAUUACAUUACAUAGGAAAGCUUUUUUUACAGUCAGAAAAUCAAUAAAAAAAACAGAGACACACUUUGCCCCCAUUUCUGUUCUCCAUUUCCAGAUCUUUAGCUUAUUUGCUAAAACAACUUAACUUGAGACAAAAGAGGUGGGUUUUGCGUGGGAUUACAAUUAAGUUUUGGUAUCUUUCUCUUUUUUUUUUUGUUUUUGUUUGAAAGGGGUUCUAUGUUUCUUUUUGGGUAUUAAACAAAACACUUGGGUUGAUCACUGUCCCUCCACUCAUACUUCCGUCGGCUUCCUUUUCUUGCCGACGUCUUAGAUCUGGUAUCACAUUCAGCAGAAAAUUUAAAAAGAUGGAAUCUGAGAAAAGAUCAUCGUCGGUGUCCGAUGUGGGAGCAUGGGCCAUGAACAUUAUCAGCUCCGUCGGUCUUAUAAUGGCCAACAAGCAACUUAUGUCCUCUAAUGGUUACGCCUUCAGCUUCGCCACAACGUUAACUGGGUUUCACUUCACUGUGACUGCGUUGGUUGGGCUGGUAUCAAAUGCAACUGGGUAUUCUGUGUCAAAACAUGUGCCUGCUUGGGAGCUUCUUUGGUUUUCACUUGUUGCAAAUAUGUCAAUCACUGGGAUGAACCUUAGUCUUAUGCUUAAUUCUGUGGGAUUUUACCAGAUAUCAAAGUUGAGCAUGAUCCCAGUGGUUUGCGUUCUGGAAUGGAUUAUUCACUACAAGCACUACUCAAAGGAAGUCAAGAUGUCUGUUAUAUUCGUGGUAAUUGGUGUGGGUAUUUGCACCGUAACUGAUGUCAAAGUCAAUGCCAAAGGUUUUAUAUGUGCCGUUGUGGCAGUGUUGUCAACAUCCUUGCAACAAAUUUCAAUAGGUUCUUUACAGAAGAAGUACUCUAUUGGAUCUUUUGAGUUGCUCAGUAAAACUGCACCAUUUCAAGCCCUUUCUCUUAUAGUGCUAGGUCCAUUUGUUGAUUAUUAUCUGAACGGAAUAUUUUUAAUGACAUACAAGAUGUCUACUGGUGCUCUUCUGUUCAUACUGCUUUCAUGCUCCUUGGCGGUGUUCUGCAAUAUUAGUCAGUACCUCUGCAUCGGACGCUUCUCUGCAGUUUCUUUCCAGGUACUUGGUCAUAUGAAGACAGUGUGUGUCUUGACAUUGGGUUGGCUGCUCUUUGAUUCAGAGAUGACUUUGAAGAACAUCAUGGGCAUGGCAAUAGCUGUCAUGGGUAUGGUUGUUUAUAGUUGGGCUGUGGAGCUCGAAAAACAGGCUGCUGCUAAGGCAGCCCAUCAUGGCAAAAACAGUCUGACAGAAGAGGAAAUUAAAUUAUUGAAGGGUGACUUAAAUGUAGCCCCUGUGAAGGAUGUUGAGCUUGGGCAACCAAAGGCGUAAAUAUAGCAACCAAAGACAGCAGGAAUUGACAAACGUUUUUCCUUCAAUUAGAUUGGAGAAGACUUGUGCAAUUUAUCAGCAUCCAGAAUCUAGAUUGGGGCACAACUUCUCGGCCACUUGUAGCAAUGGCAUGUAUUUCUAUCAGAAGUAGCCUGUAAUUCUUUUGUUUCUUACCAUAUUUAUUCAAUUGUUCUGAAAGAUGUGGCAUAAUUUAACUGUAACAUGUUUAUAGACAAAAUCAUUGUCAUUAGAGUGCCAAUUAUGGGCAUUUCUUUGUC